AUGACAGAACCGAUUCGCCUGGGUGUUAUCGGCCUAUCCACCAAAGGAUGGGCGUCCACGAAUCUUGUACCUCCCCUUCUGGCUCCGCCUCUCUCGUCACAUUACAAGCUUCUUGCCGUAUCCACGACGAACCCAACGUCUGCUGCGACAAGUGCAGCGAAAUAUUCAACCACGGAAACCACGGUGAAGGGGUAUCAUACGCCUGAGUCCAUCACUGCAGAUCCCAGCCUGGAUAUGAUCACUGUGUCAGUGAAGACACCUAAUCAUGUAGAGAAUGCCACAAAGGCCAUUGAAGCUGGGAAGGAUCUCUUCAUUGAGUGGCCGGCUGGGAGAGGAUUGAAGGAGACGAAGCUCCUCGCUGACCUAGCAAAGGAGAAGGGGAUCCGGACGAUCGUUGGACUUCAAGCCAGACAGAGCCCAUUGUUUCGCAAGGUGAAGACACUGGUUGAGGAAGGGGAGAUUGGAGACAUUUUGUCGACGAGUAUGACAUCACGAAUAUCCGGUCCGCAUGCGCCAUGGGGACCAGCAGUGUUUAAAGGAGGUGAAUACUUGUUGAAGAAGGAUAACGGCGCAACACUUCUCGAUAUCCCUGGAGGCCAUUUUCUCGAGGCAUUCACGUAUAUUCUUGGACCAAUUAGUACCGUAUCUGCGACCGCAGUCGUUCAGCACGCCUCAUCCCAAGUAGUCAAUCUUGAUGGCACGCCCACCGGUGAUGUUGUCCCUGUUGACGGACCAUCACAGGUAGCCGUAUCAGGGACGCUAAAGAGCGGUGCGGUAAUGAGCUUGCACUGGCGCGCAGGCUUCCAGACCCCUGCCAAUGUGAAGGCUGCGACUCCGCUUGUAUGGGUUAUUGACGGAUCGAAAGGUAGUAUAAGAAUCGAAAGCGAGCAUCCCUGGGCAGCCCUCGUGGAGAUGUAUGAGCCAACGCAGCUUUGGGUGAACGGCGAGGAGGUGAAGGUCGAAGAAGAUGGUAAGACAAAUGAGGGUAGAGCCUGGGAGGAAAUUUUGAAGGGCGAAGGCGAGGGAGACUAUCCCAACUUGCAACAUGCGGUUAAGAUCAAGAGUAUAAUCGACGCCAUUUGGAGGAGUGCUGAGGGAGGCGUUAGGGUUAGUCUGUAA